AACUGCAUCCCAAGAAAAAGAAGAAGAAUUGGUAUAUUUAUUUCUAUUGUCAAUAAAUGUCAAAGUUAUUAAAAAAUCUUUAGACCAAAUAUUUAUAAUCAUUUAAAUAAUUAUCUUAUACUUGAUAUUAACUGAAAUAAACAAUGUAAUAAAGAAUUAACGUUUAUCGCAACAUUUUUGACAAAAUUUCUCACUUGAAAUAAUUUAUAAUGUGUGAAAAUGGUUCAGAAUUUAAUGAUACUGUUGACCCCAGAGUACAUGUUGAAUUAGAAAGAUUGAAUAAUGCCACCGACGAAAUUAAUAAACUUGAAGUAGAAUUAGAUGAAUGUAGAACUUCUUUUAAACAACUUCUCUGUGAAAGUACCCUUAAAGUAGAUGCAAUUAGAGUAAAAUUAGGGAUGUGUGUUGAAAGAGCAAGACCAUAUUAUGAAGCAAGAUUUUAUGCUAAUGAAAUAUUUAAACAAUCUCAAAUCGCAGCUAGUAAAUUCGAAAAGGCUAACAGUGCCCAUAGCGCUGCUAGAGAAAUGGUUUAUUUGGCGGAACAAGGUUUAGGAGGAAGAACACUUGAUCCUGCAUGGCAAGAAAUGCUUAAUCAUGCUACUCAGAGAGUCAAUGAUGCCGAGAGAGAAAGAGGAGUAGCUGAAAUAGAGCACAGAAUUGCGUGCGUUAGACAUGAGGCAGCUAAUACAAAGGUACAAAGCUUACAAAAAGAAUUGAAAAGAGCAAUAACCAAAAGCAGUUUAUCCAUUCGAAGAUCCUUAUUACAAAUGAGUAACAUUUUGUCCCAGCAUGAUUUGAUGUUUUUACCUUAUUACGAAAUGAAAGCACACUAUAAUCAACUGCUCGAGAAACAAAAAGCGAAAGUCCACGCUUUGGAAUCGCAAGUUUCAAACGCAAAAUUAACUUACGCAGAUGCUUUAAAAAGUCUUGAACAAAUAUCCGACGAAAUACAUCAAAAUAGAAAAAGAGUAUCUCUUCUUGCCGCUAAUUUUGCUAGCGGUAAACAGAGAAGUUUGGAUUCUAAUAUAUCCAUGUUGGAUGAUGCUCAAGAACUGAUUGAAGAAUUCAAAAGUCUUCCUCAAAAACUAGGAGAUGCUUCUAGUCCCGUUGCUUCCAAAUUAGAAGAUGUUGAUGGAUACAGGAACCCUUUAUUUAACGCUUCUCCUGUAUCACCCGUUUCUAGUAGCGAAAAAAUCGAACGACCCAGUAUUGCUAAAAGCCACUCGAGCGAAUGGACCGAAAUUAAUUUGGACGGUAGUAGUCCGGAAGAUAUUUCGCCGAAUAAACAAUUCAAUAUUAAUUUUGGGAAACCGCUUUUGACGAGACAAAAAACUUUGCCGAAUCCCAAAUCGGAUAACGAAUAUUCGGCAAUAAAAAAUAAAAUAAAAUUAGAUCAUAGCAUAUCAAAUUGGAUUAGCAGAUCAUCGUUAAAGAAUGAAGAUCGUUCAGUUAACGAUCGACGACAAAGUCUUGAUAAUCUCCUCGGUCCUACUGGCGAAAAAGUGAAAGAAAUCUUUUCGCAAGGGAUGAUGAUGCUGAAUAUCGGUUCGCUUACCGAACGAAGAAACAGCGAACCGAAAUUGGGUUUAACCGAGGAAAAGUUCAAAAACGGAUCUACCAGAAAAAUUCCGAGUCCUCUAGAAAAAACACUCGCUUAUCUUACGAUCGACGAUGAUAAUUCAGAUACCGAAAGUGUUUCGAGUAUCGAUAUGUUAAACGAAGAGCAAAUAAAUUCUUUGAUGUUGGAUCCUAAUACAGUUUGCGAACAAGUUUUGGGCACUCCUAUGGCCGAAGUCGUGAGUUUACCACAGCUUGUAUUUAGUCAACCGAUAAAUUAGAAUAUAACUAUUAUGAAAUAAAUAAUAUCAGUACAAUAAUAAUCGUUACCUAAUGAAUAAAUUAUCUGAAAGUGCUAUUUCUCUAAUUUUAAAAUUAUAAUAAAUAUCGUGGCUUUUGAAAAAGUACAAAGCAAAUUAGAUGUUAAAAAUGGCAUUUUUUGGGUAUAUUAAGAAAAAAAAUUCGCAGAAUUCAACCACAAUUAUAUAGUGAAAAUAUAAGUGAGCAGUGAACGUGUUAAAUUAUAUAUUAAUAUACAGUUUUUUGCACUUUCAAGAUAAAUUUAUUUUUUGAAUCGGUUUCCUUCUAGUAUUAUGUCUAGUCAUCCAAAGGUAGUGAUUUAAAAUUAGUUCGUUAGUUACCUUAGGAUUAUAAUUAUUAUAUUGAAAAUUUAUAAUUUUGAUUUAUUUCAAUUCAUUAGUGUGAAAUAUAAGUUUGAUUUGAUUAUUUUAUUUUUCCAAUUAUUUUACUUCUGCUCUCCUCAUUUCACUACUUUCUAGUUUUGUUACAUCUUACUUGCCCCAGCUAUCUAAACUGCCAUUGUAGAUGAGGGUCGAAGCCUUCAAAAAUGGUAAAAAGGCGACAAAGUAAUUUCGGUUUUGUAAUAUAAAAUAAAACGAUUAUAUAUCAUCAUUUUUGCCAUAUUUCUUUCAGCCUCAUCAUUCCGCGCCCAUGAAAUUUCCGGUCCUUAUCAGCAAAAAACUGAACUAGGUGCGAUUGAAGGCCAUCAUCAUUUGUGAAAAUUUGAUCAUUCAAAGAAUUCUGCAAACUUCGAAGAACACUAAACCUUUCCCAUUUGACUAUUCCGGCAGAUUAACCUUAAUUAACAUUAACCUUCUCACUGCGACGCACUUCUAUAGUCAGGCCGGUGAAGCUUUCCCGGCUUUGCCCCAUUUUAGUAGGUCUAGACGAAUGUUCUGUGCUUGCGGUCCAUCCCUAAAGUCGGGCGCAAGAUUUUCAACAUUGAACCGUUGCAACUGGCUAAAAUAGUCCCAUAAACACAUAUUAAUGGAUUCCAAAAAUUAUUGUUAAAGUAAUACUUGCAGUGAAAAGGUUUUAAUACCACCAAACUGACAGCAUGAGCUUUUUUUGUUGUUUUUCAGUUUUCGAUGUGGUUUGUGCUGGUUCAUUCUGUUUGCGCCAUGAUUGUUUUCAAACUAUGUUACUGUACAGAACUCAUUUUUCAUCAACAGUGAUUAUUUUUUUCAAAGAAGGGUCUGUUUCAUUUCGUUUAAGGUAUAUAUCGUUAAUGUUGAUUUUUUGUGUUAAAUGAAUUUCUUCCAAUACAUGAGGUACAUACCCAAAUACUUAUCAAGCUUGUCAACUAUUUUGAAUAACUAUUUAGCAUUUUUUUUUUAUAUUUAAGAUGUUUAGUGAUGAUAAUUAUCUCCAUUAUUAUUAUUUGUAUUUGAUUGAUUUAGGUGAAGAGAAAACAUACAUUUUAUAAUAAGAAUAACUAUAGAUACCUUGUUGUUUUUAUCAUAUUUUUUAUUGUAUUUUGAAUUAUUUACAACAUUGAAAUAUAAUUUGUUAUAGUCACAGGUGAUGUUGUAAAUUUAGUUAUUUUCUAGUGUCUUCCCAUGACUUUAAAUCACCUGUGGACUGUGUCACUAGUUGAUUUACCAGAACAUGUAUCAAGCAAUAGUGUGCAGCAAUGCAAUGGAAUAUUUUGUAGAUUUUAUUGAUUGAUAAAUACUUUUUUGUCAAUUUAACCCAUACAAAACUUUAUAAUGCAAAGAAGUAGGCAAAAUAUAUAACACUCACCUUGAUAACAUUCAUCAAAGAUAACUGGAUAAUAUUGUCUAUAAAAUUCCUUCGCAAUACGAAACUCUGUAUAUUUUGAAUCACAACUAUAAAAAACAUAAUGUCUUUUGUACCAAAUCUUUCCUAUUCGUUAAAAUAUUUAAUGAUAAUAUUAGAUGUCUAUCCAAGUUUUGAUCCUGGAUAUUUUUAUUUUAAAAUCUCUGACAUGGAUAUAUCACAUAUCUCUUUUGCUGUUUUCAACUUUAAAUUCUUUUUAUUGUUAAAAUUACUCGAUAAAAAAAGUAAUUCGAAAAAAUUUCAGUUAUGAGUGGGAAUAGAAGAAUCCUUUUAGGUUUAGGGUAUUUUAACUAGUUUGGUUAGCAAAUUUGAAUUAAUAGAAGAAAUUCGUUAACACCAAGCAUUAUAUAAAAUGGUUGGAUAUGUGUUGGAAUUGCUGGUUGUGGUAUAUGAAAUAUUACUUCAAAUAAACGAGUGUGUGUGAUAACAAGGCACUUUUAUCAAGGAUUUUUUACAAAAAUACAACGUAAUACUGAAUAAUAAACGUAAACUUUCACUUCAGUAACACUACUGUCGUUAUUGGUUUUUUAGUUUUAUGGUUUAAAACUUAUCAAUUUCUUCUUUUUUUGUUUUUGAAUAUGACAUUUUCUUCAAAUCUUUUUUUUUUCAAUAUAUUCUUUGUCGACAACCACAUGCCAUAGAAUUAAACUAAUAUUAAUUUCACACUACCAGGGGUGUAGCAUACUUUAGUGAAUAGAGGCUAAUAUAUUUAAAAUUAAGCCUUUGAUUGUUGAUAUUUUUUUUGGAAUAUUAUAAAAAGAGCUUUGUAUUUAGACCUAGUCAAACUAAAAAGCAAUAUUAUUAAUGUUAAAAUAAUAAAUUGUUAUCAAGUCUUUAAAAUUAAAUAUUCAACAGUAAA